AGAUGGUAGGCAGGGCGUAGUGAACACUACGGCGGAAAAUGGCGCCCAGCUCGAAAACCGAAAAGGACGGUAACAAACAAACGCAGAGAAAACACAAAGAACAUGUCGUCAAGCUUCUGAACCGUGGAAAGUUGUCUGGCCAGUAUUCUCAGCGCUUGUUCAGGAAAUUACCACCGCGUGUCUGUGUUCCCCUGAAGAACAUAGUCAGCGAGGAGUUCCUCAGAGCAGGACACAUCUUCCUGGGGUUCACUAAGUGUGGUCGUUACGUGCUGUCCUACACCAGUGACUGUGGAGAGGACGAUGACUUCUCCUUCUACACCUAUCACCUCUACUGGUGGGAGUUCAACCUACACAGCAGACUCAAACAGGUGCACCAUGUGCGUCUGUUUACAGGUGAGGACAUCUACAGUGAUCUCUACCUGACAGUGUGUGAGUGGCCCAACGACCACUCCAAGAUCGUCAUCUUUGGCUUCAAUACUCGUAGCUCCAGCUCAGUGUUGAUGAAUCUGAUGAUGAGUGAUGAGAACAACAGAGAUAUCUACAUCACCAUCGCCUCCAUGCCUCCUCCCAGACCCUGCUCUCAGUGCUGCCCUACAAACACCUCUACCAUACGCACAGGUAGUGGAGAGUGUCUGGAACAUGGUUAUAUGUUGAACAGUCGGUACCAGGUGGUCUAUCCCUUCCCUACCUUCCAGCCUGCCUUCCAGCUGAAGAAAGACCAGGUGAUCUUCCUCAACACCUCCUAUUCCCUGGUGGCCUGCUCUGUGUCCCUCUGUCCAGCAGGUGAGCAGGGUCAUUCCUCUCAGAUCCUGUUCAGAAAGAGAGCCACAGCACCCACCUCAGAACAUCAAUCCACUCCAUCGCCCUCUUCAUCCUCUUCCUCUCACGGGUCUCCCGACAGCCGCCCGCUAACCGCCAAACCAAGCCCCGCCCCUCUUUCCCCUAGCCAAUCACAAGCUGCCGCCCGGGCGCGAGAGUUCGCCGCCGACCUCUUCAGACGUGCCCAGGGAGGAGGGAGGGAAAACGAGGGAGGCGAGAGGAGAGGGAAAACGGAGGGAAGCGAAGUAGGAGAGGAGGCCGUCGUGACUGAGAGAGAAGGGGUCAGCGUGGAGAGGGAUAGAGAACAGAGGGAAGACACACAAACGGAUCAACUGACUAGCGCACCACAGACUUCCACUUCAGCUGGGAACCAAAGUUUGUUGCGACCUUUGCAGGAGGACUCUAUUCAGUGUAGUGCGGUGAUGUCUCCUGCCUCCUCCUCCUCCUCGUCCCCCCCCACUCCUCAUUCUUCUCAGGAAAUAGGCUGCAGCGAGCCGGGAUAUGUCAAUUACACCCGCUUGCAGUACUGCAUGCCACAGCCGGGGGCGCCAGAGCAGGAUGCAGGAGGUUAUGAGGAUGAUAAGGUCCAGCUGCCCUUCACUGUGACUGACCUGAAGGGACGCAACCUACAGCUGGUCACUGGGCCCCACAACGGACAGAGUGUGUGUGUGGAGCAGUUGACUCUGGACUUUGAGUACCUGAUCAACGAGGUGAUCCGGAGCGACGCCCGCUGGGCUCCUCAGUUCUGUUCCUUCAACGACUACGACGUUGUUAUACUGGAGGUGUGUCCAGAGACUAACACAGUGGUGAUCAACAUUGGGCUGCUGCUGCUGGCAUUCUCCAACCCUGAAGAGGAACACUGCAGGCCAAACACCUACCACUCCAGUCUGCAGGUGAGCUGGGACCUCAACACAGGAGUGUGUCACACCGUCGGGGUUGGUGACCUCACUGAGGUCAAGGGUCAGACCAGUGGCAGUGUAUGGAGUUCCUACAGGAAGUCUUGUGUUAACACAGUAAUGAAGUGGCUGGUUCCAGAGAGCAGCUCUCGUUACAUCAACCGCAUGACCAACGAGGCCCUGCACAAAGGUUCCACUCUACAGGUGUUAGCUGACAGCGACCGGAGCACCUGGAUCAUUCUAUGAGGGACAACAGAGGGGUGUCCUGACACCAGAGCCUCAGACUGUCACACACACACCGACACACACCCAUCCACACACACCCAUCCACAUACAGUAAGCCUGUUCAGCUGCUACAGUAACAGUCAUAGGUUUCCUCCCAAAUGGCACCCUAUUCCACAUGUGGUGCACUACAUUAGACUGUUUCCCUUCAUGACUCUGGUGAGAAGUAGUGCUCUAUAUAGGAACUUCAGACUCCAUUCUGGACCUGGAAACCAGUUCCACUGUUCCCCUCUAAUCAGGGCCUGAUUUAGACCUGGAAACCAGUUCCAAUGUUCCCCUCUAAGCAGGGUCUGAUUUAGACCUGGAAACCAGUUCCACUGUUCCCCUCUAAUCAGGGCCUGAUUUAGACCUGGAAACCAGUUCCACUGUUCCCCUCUAGUCAGGGCCUGAUUUAGACCUGGAAACCAGUUCCACUGUUCCCCUCUAAUCAGGGCCUGAUUUACACCUGGGACACCAGGUGUGUGUGUGCAAUUUAAAGAUCAGGUAGAACAGAAAGCGAGCAGGCUCCGGAUCUCGUAGGGUCAGAGUUGGAUACCCCUGAUUUAGACCUGGGACACCAGGUGUGUGUGAGGUAGAACAGAAAGCUCCGGACCUCGUAGGGCCUACGAGGUCAGAGUUGGAUACCCCUGAUUUAGGGAAUAGGAUGCCAUAUUGUCAUGACUCAAUGACGACAUGUCGCCAAUUUGAAUCUGUGCACCUGUCUCUGUGUGAUGUUGGAGGAUGGAAGAAACGAGGCAUUCCGUGUGUUUUCCACGUGUUCUGUUUUUGUUUGACUAUAUAAUGUGACAUAAUUUGCACCCAUGGAUCCAGAGCUGGACUGAACAAAGAUGAUUUUACUGCGGGUUUUUAGUUUGUUUGGUGUAAUUUUCCGUUUUAUGACUGUGUGUGAGAGAGAGAUGUAUGUAGAGAGAAGUUGUGUGGUCCUCAUGCCUCCGAGAUUCUGCUGCUGUUCUCGGAACCUAAAGGCCACUCCUCUAAACCAGCUCUGUCCAGUUUCAUCUGGUUUAUUCCAGGUCUGAAUCUCCAUGUCCGUCUGAUUGCGACAGGGCCUACACAUGAACUGGAACCAAUCCUGUUAUUUGUCGCUCUGGAGUGACUGACGUUCCCCCUAAGUACAGAUCUAGGAUCAGCUUCCCCUCCCCCAAUCCUAACCUUAACCAUUAGUGGGGGGGGGGGGGGGGGUAAAACUGACCACAGAUCAGUGUCUAAGGGCAACUUCACCAUACACCCUGUGUACACCCUUAUUUUACCGUUGACAGAUUUCUUCUUGGUUGCGUCCAAAAUGGCUCCCUAUGUAGUGCACUACGUUUUGUCCAGAGCCUCAAACUCUCAUAGGGCUUUGGUCAAAAGUAGUGCACUACAUAGGGUGUCAGUUCAGAUUGUCCCCUUAAUAAAUGUAUCUGUAUGUGAUGGAGUUAACCUGGGAAUUUUGGGAAAAAUUUCUAGAAAUCCUGGUUGAAGGAUUCCAGAUAAGUCCUUCAUCCCAGGAAUCUUUUAGGAAAGUUACAACCCUAGAUGGAGCAGAGGCUUAUGGGAUAUGGAGUUAAGCAACUUAUUAUCUGGCUGUAUUUUAAGACUGGACGGAGAGCAUGGUUCACUUGACUAUUUUUUGAUACAAAUAAAUGAUUCACCUUG